AUGGCGGCAGGCGGCGGCGCGGCGAGGCGCUGUUGGCGGAGCGGCGCGGGGCUGGCCCGGGCGGUGCGUGGAGUCUGCGGGAGCGCACGGGCGACGGCGGCUCUGCGGGCGGAGGAGCUGGCGGAGCGGCUGCGGAAGAGCGAGGAGCCGCAGCGAGAGAUCCCCAAGGACCCGACGCAGCGAUGGCUCCGGGAACUCACUGCAAUGAGCCAGCAGCUGCAGCAGGUUCACCCCAACGUCCUGGCCAAGAUCCUUAAGCAAAGAACUCUGUACCAGAACGAGGAGAUUGUGGUGAUAGACAAACCCUACGGGCUCCCUGUGCACGGUGGCCCCGGCAUCAAGAACUGCAUCGCUGAUGUGCUGCCCAUUUUGGCCAAGAUGCUGGAGAACAUGAGAGCUGAGCCCCUCCACCUCUGCCACCGGCUGGACAAGGAGACCACGGGUGUGAUGGUGCUGGCACGGAGCAAGGAGGCAGCAGAGAAGAUCCGUCUGCUCUUCAAAACCCGUCAGGUGGAGAAGAUCUACUGGGCAAUUGUCCUGGGGGACCCGGACCCUGUUGAGGGCGUUGUGGAGAUCCCCAUUGUGGAGAAGGAGGUGAAGAGCCAUCAAUCCCACUACAAGAUGACGCUGGCUCCCCGGUUCCGCGUGCGUGCGGAGGAUGGCCGGCUGGUGAAGGCGCGCGGGGAUCGGCACGCCGAGCGCGCGGUGACGCGGUACCGCCGGCUGGCUGCUGCCUCUGCCUGCUCCCUGCUGCAGCUGCAGCCCAUCACCGGGGUGAAGCACCAGAUCCGGGUUCACCUGGCCUAUGGCUUGGGAUGCCCCAUCCUGGGGGAUCACAAAUACUCACACUGGAGCAAACUGGCGCCCCAGAAGCUUCCUGAGCUCACCCUGAGGAGGCUGAAGCUGGAGCAGAGCAAGGCUCGGCACCUGCCCCUGCACCUGCACGCCCAGCGCCUCUCCCUGCCCCUGGGCCAGCCCUUGGACUUUGUCUGCAAGCUGCCCCCCUUCUUCCAAAAAACCCUGAGGAAGCUGGAGCUGGACAUCCCCAAGGACUGACAAGGCAGGACUGGAAUGGUGCCAUGUAUCUCCACAUCUGCAGCGCGUGGCAGCAGCUGUGCCCACCUUGGAGCCGGUGGUGGGGUGAAGCCUCUGUGCUGGUGCUGAUGCUGCUGGAUUCAGAGUGGGCCCAGGAAAGCAGCUGGACAUACUGAGGAGCCUCUAGGAGAGACAAACACGGCUGGGUGAAAGUUGGGCUUUGCCUGAUUUGUGUUUUGAACUUGUCUCUGGGCAAUAAAAGCUUCAAUUCUCUUGA